AUGGCCGUAGACACGUCCUCGCCGCCGCAGUCGGUCACGGAGCUCAAUGCCUGUGUUACGACCUCCUCGCACCGCCCAGUUAAAGACACCACGUUCCGAGAAUGGGUGGUUUCAAACCAGAUUGGGAUAUCCUUGACGUCCCUUUCCAUGCUAUUGGCCGUCCACCACCUCUACCCUUCUCUUGCGCCGUACACCACACCUUUCUUCCAGCUGUCGUACUACCAGCCAUCACAGGGGGUAUACAUUCAAGGAUGGGAUGAUAUUUACUUCGUCGUGAGUUCCGUAUUUGCAUUCACCGCAAUUCGGGCCAUUGCGAUUGAGUGGGUUUUCCGACCAAUGGCGCAGUGGACUGGAUUGAAGAAGAAAGCCUCAAUCCGGCUCGCUGAGCAGGGCUGGAUGUGCUUAUACUAUGCGUUCUUCUGGACAUUCGGAAUGUAUAUUUGGUCGCAAUCGAACUACUGGAUGGACUUCAAGGCUAUCUGGGCCGACUGGCCUGCGCGGGGUGUUUCUGGCAUGAUGAAGUGGUAUCUCCUAGCGCAGCUUGCGUUCUGGGUGCAGCAGAUCUUCGUUCUCAACAUCGAGGAGCGGAGGAAGGAUCACUACCAGAUGUUGACCCACCAUUUCAUCACCAGCUCCCUCCUCACCUCCGCUUAUGUUUACGGCUUCUACAACGUCUCUAAUGUGGUUCUGAGUUUGAUGGAUGUCGUGGAUCUGCUUCUGCCGAUUGCCAAAAUUCUCAAAUAUCUAGGUUUCGAGCUAAGCUGCAACAUCGCCUUCGGUGUUUUCAUGGUUGUGUGGGCUAUUUCUCGCCACAUCAUGUACCCUCUGCUCUGCUGGUCUAUCUUCAAGGACGUCCCCGCUGUAAUGCAGUGGGGCUGCUACUCUGGCGCAACUGGGGAGAUGAUCUCUACAGAUGGUUAUCCUGACCGAGUGAUGCACCUUUUCUCGCCAUUUUUGGACAUCGAGGGUCCCAUCUGCAUGAACCGCACGAUCAAGUGGAUCUUCCUAAGCUCCCUGUUAUCACUCCAGGCGCUCUCCAUUGUUUGGUUCACCAUGGUCAUCCGUGUUGCAGUGGGCGUUCUCCGCACCGGCAACGCAGAAGACACCCGCAGUGAUGACGAAGAGGAGGAGGAAGAUACUAUACCUAAAGAUGCCACGAACGGCAGUGUCGUCUCAGCGGAGGUAUCAAGCGCUGAAUGGCGCCGAUCCAACGGACCAUCGUCUGCGCGACCUCGCCGCAGCGAUCGCAAGGCACUACUCGGGCGUAUCGGAUGUGAUACGCGUACCUAG